AUGUCAAACAGCAUUAACCAAGCCCUGUGUCAAUAUGUGCAGCCAGAGCAAUUAGGAGAAUGCAGCUACCGUUGCAGCAAAUGUCAUCAAAUGGUUACGGCAUUUAAAACAGUUACUGUUCACCAACCAUCCAAUGUGCUAACCCUGUGCCUAAACAGGUUCGACAUUUUCAGUAAUAGGAAGAUUAAAAAGAGUGUAGCGUAUCCGGAAUGUCUUGAUCUCCGGUGUUACACCUCAGAGCCAAAUGGAACACCAAUUCUUUACAAUUUGUAUGCCGUUCUUGUCCACGCUGGAACAACCUGCAAUAGUGGACAUUAUUUCUGCUAUGUGAAGGGCCCCAAUGGAAACUGGUACAAAAUGAACGACAAUUCUGUGACAUCUGUAGACAUCAAGAUAGUGUUGAAGCAGGAGGCCUACCUGCUGUUCUAUAUCAGAACCCCGGAUAACCAGACAUGCACAGUAUCGUCUACAGCUGAUUCUGAACAGCCAAUCACUAGCAAGCAACGUGGCAUUUCAUCUACAGCUGAUUCUGAACAGCCCUAA